AUGGCGUCUGCCACAGAUCACCCACCCUCACUAGCGAUAUCGCCACCAAAUACCGCGCCGACAGAUGUCGAGAAAGAAGCAAUCGUUGAAGACAACAGCAAAGGAAUCAAAAAGGUUCUCGAUGAGAAACUGCUAAAACACUCGCACGAUGCAGAUGCGGCGAUGAAGGCGUACGAGGGAAUGGAAGGCCAGGUUGUGGAGUUGACAGAGGAGAAGAGCAAGGCACUUUUAAGGAAGAUCGAUAUGCACAUGAUGCCUAUUAUGUGCAUUGUGUAUGGCUUGAACUACCUUGACAAGACGACGUUGAGCUACGCAAGUAUCAUGGGCCUGCGACUGCCUCCUUCAGACAACAAGCUAGCUUCUGGUAUCGGUCUAGUCGGAGACCAGUACUCGUGGCUAGGUAGCAUGUUCUACUUUGGAUACAUUGCUUUCGAAUAUCCUACUACACGAUUACUCCAAGUUCUGCCGCUAGGCAAAUACUCUGCAUUCAACAUCAUCAUGUGGGGCCUUGUACUAUCCUGCUUCGCCGCAGUUGAAAAUUACGCCGGCGCGAUCGCCAUUAGAUUUUUUCUCGGUGUCUUCGAAUCAGCAGUUACACCUGGUUUCGCACUCUUCACAUCGCAAUGGUAUACCAAGAAGGAACAGGGUUCACGUACCGGUAUCUGGUUCAGUUUCAACGGCUUUGCGCAAAUAUUCGGCGGAUGUGUUGCUUAUGGCAUUGCUGUCGGCUGUCGGAAGUCGGGCACUACUCUGGAGCCGUGGAAGAUAAUCUUCCUCGUUACUGGACUGCUCACUAUGUGCCUAGGUAUCACAUUCCUUUGGCUUGUACCCGAUAACCAGUUGAAUUGUAGGUGGUUGAGCAAGGAAGAUCGGAUCUUAGCGAUCGAGCGGAUCAGGGUCAAUGCGCAAGGUGUGGGUAACAAACACUUCAAGUGGUAUCAGUUAAAAGAGGCGUUCCUUGAUCCGUUGAGCUGGGCGUUCUUCUUUUAUGCGUUAAUUGCUGAUAUACCCAAUGGUGGCAUAUCAAACUUCUUCUCCCAACUUAUUGUUGGUUUUGGAUACACACCCGAGGAAUCUCUUCUUUACGGCACACCGGGUGGCGCAGUCGAAGUCGUCUUUCUUAUUGCCUGCGGCUGGGCCGGCGACAAAUACGGCUACCGUAUCCUUAUAUCCAUGAUCGGUCUGUGUACUGCAAUACUUGGCAUGGUUCUCAUUGUUGCACUUCCGCUAUCCAACAACUCUGGUCGUCUCGCUGGCUACUACCUAACGCAAGCUAGCCCUACGCCUUUCGUUGCUUUGCUCAGUCUCAUCUCGAGUAACGUAGCAGGAUACACAAAGAAGACGACUGUGGCGGCUAUGUAUCUGAUUGGUUACUGCGUCGGAAACAUCAUUGGCCCACAAACAUUCCGUCCCCAAGAUGCGCCUCGCUUCGUUUCCGCCGAGAUCACCAUCAUCGUCUGUUGGGUCGUUUGUUUAGGCAUCUUAGCGUUUAUUCAUUUCUACUGCGUGUGGCAGAAUAAGAAGAAGGCGCAGAUUCGCGCGGCACCUGAAUACGUGAAGCUAGACAACCAAGAGUGGCUUGAUCUCACAGAUCGGGAGAAUCCAGAAUUCAUUUACACGUUGUAG